CCAGACUUGGGUGUGGGUGGGUGCGUGUGUGUUUUGCCUUGUGGUUGGACGAUAUGGACGAGGAGUUGGCAUGUACAGAGCGGAAACUUGUGCGGCGGGUGGUGUCGCGGCUGAGCAAGGGUGACCUUGUGGGCGUCUUUCUGGACUGGGGUCUGGUUGCCGAGGAGCCAGCGUCAUGGCCCUCGCGCCCUGCUCUUAUUGACCUGCUUACCACUGGUCAUCUGGAGCACCGCAUGACAUACAGGCAGUACGCCUCGCUCUCGCUGCGUCGCCUGUAUUCCAAGGCUCGGACCGGUGCGGCGCCCAAGUGGGGUGCCUACCACCUGGCGGCACGGGCCGGCGCCCUCGCCCCGUCAGCCGAGGUUGAUGCUCUCAAGGCUGUCUUGACCAAGGAGCUCUCGGUCUUUUUCAACAACUACGUCCACGUGGAGCAGGCGGCCGACGGCGACGUGUGGAUCUUCAUCGGCAUCUAUGAGGGUGUCGACGCCCCGCGUGUCCUACCGCCGCGCUCGCAGACCAUGUUCAUCAUGUGGCGCCCGCACACCUCGCACCUCUUUGCUUCCGAGGUCAAGGUCGCCUACCGUGAGUACAUCAUGCAGGCGCUGAUGCACGCCUUUGCUGCCGACGCUAUCGAGCAGGUCCCGGUCCGCGGCGCCAACCUCGAGUCGAUCAUCAAGCUCACACUCGAUGCUGCAGGACUCGGCGUCUGCCGCGCACACACCGCCGGCGUGCCCAAUCCGCUGGCGCUGCCGCGGACCCGCAUGCAUGCAGCGCCGGUCGCACUCGGUGCGCCGCUUCCGGACGCGGUGGUCGAGGAUGCGCCCGCGCUUGCCGCCCGGGCGCGCAAGGCCGACGCGACCCUCGGCCCCGACGACGCGCCCGACGUCGAGCAGCUCAUCUUUCACGUCAACUCAUCGUGGGACGUCUCGGCCCUGCCGCUCAACGCCAACGACGUGCCGGUCCUUCCGUUUGUGGCCCGCGUCUCGCUCGACGGGCCGUCGGUCGUCAACGGCCUCAAGGCUCUCAUCCCAGCUGGCAUUCUCCACGAACCCCUCCCGCCGUUCUACACCACCAUCCUCAACCAGCAGCGGACAGUCUUCCGCCUCGCCGACAGCGAUCUCAGCCUCACCGUCGCCCGUCACCUCGCGCGCUGA